AUGAAGCCUACAAUACGUUUUCUUCUUAUCUUCAUCUCCCUCCUCCAUCUGAUGAUCAUGGUGAACACUCAGUCCUCUGUAGACUCUUCAGUGAAUAAAAAUAACCAGGAUGAACUCCAUGGUAUAGACCCGCAUUGGGGGUCUUCAAAGGUCUUCUGCACCAGUGUCAGAAAUCCAGGCAGAUGGUCCUCCUGUCCUCCUGGGAUGACUGUCACUGGCUGUGCUUGCGGCUAUGGCUGUGAAUCUUGGGAGAUCCAGAAUGGAAAUACUUGCCACUGUCAAUGCUCAGCCAUGGACUGGACCACCACCCGCUGCUGCCGACCGGCUUGA